AAGAACAGUUGUGAUGUAUUGACGAAGAAGGUUGCUCGUUUUUAAAUCGCGAAUGUUAAGCUGAAUCAUUUACUUAUAACUUCGUGUUUGUAUGAAAUUAAUUGUGGAUUUUCAUAAGAAAUUGAUCGGUUAAGUGCUUGCUAUUGGAGUGCAUUAAAAUUAAUAAUUGUUCACGACAAACAUUAAUAAGUAUUGCAAGUAAUUUAGGGAAUUGUUAAUGUGUGGUAAUUGUAAACAGUUUUUUCAAUAAGGCACCUGUAAUAGUGGUUGUUUUUUCCUUUUUCUUUUCCGGAUAAAUCUUUGAAGAGACCUUUGGGAGGCAAAAAUGGUUACCAAAUAUCAUUGUAUGAGUACUGAAGAUGUCCCAUGUGGUUGAUGAUGGAUGUUGGCAACACAGACAGUUGACCCAGAAUCCGAAUCUUUACAGUAAUUGUACCAUCAGUUUUCCAGAGAACCACCUCGUUUGUAACACAUGCAAAGGAAACAGAAUGCGAUUUGUGAACCACUUUCUGUGUGGUGUUCUUUUUUUCUGCCUAAGAACCGUACUGUCUUUAAGAGAUGAUCCUCCCGCAGAAAGAAAAUGUCCUGUCCUGACGGAAUGUCCUUUCAGAGCAGAGUCUUGUUCCCAAGAUGAGGACUGCACUCCAGAUAGCGUAUGCUGUAAGAGUCCUUGUGGAAAUGUCUGUACCAAGCAACUCUUUACAGGAUGCCAGACUCUUCGAAAGGCUGCUUCAAGGAGAGCCAAAGCACUGGGUGUGGACACUAAAGUCGUUAGAAUGCCAAGGUGUAACAAAUCGGGUGGAUUUGAACAAAUUCAAUGUGAUAAUGAAAUUGUUAGCUCCUGCUGGUGUGUAGACGAGCAAGGCUUCGAACUGCCUGGUACCAGAGCGCCUGCUGUUGCCCUCGUCAAUUGUACAGAUCCGAAGCCUUGUGCUUCCCACACCUGUAGAAUGUAUUGUCCUCACGGCUUUGCCCUUGCUCCUGACGGCUGUCCUCUGUGUAAAUGCCGCGAUCCUUGCGAAAACAUCAAAUGCCCGAAUUCCUUGGACUGUCAAUUAGAAGAAUUGGCUUGCGCUGACCCACCGUGUCCGCCAGUCCCAACAUGCAAAAGAGGUAGAAGCUUGGAAAACAUCUGCCCUGUUGGAGACCCCUUAAGAAUAAGUGAUUCUAUCAGACCAUUUUUGUGCGGAAACGACCCUGGCAAACCCACCUGCCCACCAAUGUACCAGUGUCUGGUGCAAUCAGGAAAUGAUUAUGGCGUUUGCUGUCCCGCCUCCCUCAGUCUUAAAAAACCUGGAACAUGUCCUGGUACAGCUGACACAAUGGUGGAAUGUGGGUCCACAUGUACCCAUGACCUGGAAUGCCCUUCCGUACAGAAAUGCUGUAAUACUGACCAGUGUGGACGUUCCUGUUCGCAUCCCCAAAAUAUUACAGAAUGUAUCCAUCAACGUAUGUUGUCCGAAUUGCUGUCUGUGAGUGAAAGAGAAGGUCGUGGUUACAUUCCUCAGUGCUCCGAAGAUGGUCAGUUCAAAGAAAAACAGUGUAGCCGAAAUGGAUUGGUAUGCUGGUGUGUGGACCGAAUGGGACGAAAGUUAAAAGGUUCAAUGGGUCCGGCCGGCAAUGUAAACUGCAGCCUAGUAGGCGCAAGGGCUUUAAGUUCUGGCCGAAGUCUUCAAGAUGCAAACAGAUGCGAAUCAUUGGAUUGUGCGGCCAUUUGCGAAUAUGGAUUUAAACUGGACAAAGAUGGCUGUCCAACGUGUAAAUGUGAUGAUCCCUGUCACGGGUACAUUUGUCCCGAAGACGAAGAAUGUAUUGCGGUGAAAGAAGCCAAUUGUAUGGAAUUUUUGUGUCCUUCAUUGCCAGUUUGUCGUCCGAAAACAAUUUACGCUAAUCCAUGCAGUUUGGGAACUCCUUUAACCGAUGAUAUAACAGGCGCGCCUAUUGCCUGUGCCCUAAGAUCUGACGAAAUAGGAACUGUAUGUCCUUUAAAUUACGAAUGCAUCUCUGUGCCCGGAUCUACACAAUCCGUUUGCUGUCCUACCGAAAAUUACACCGAAACCAAUGAUACAUCAGCAGUUGACAGUCCAAGAAGUCAAACCAUGUGCGAAUAUUUACAUAAUUUUGGUGAAAACAUGGAAGGCACUAGGGAUGGAAUGGCCUUGGCUCUACCCCAACCCCAAUGUGAUUCCGAUGGGAGCUAUUUACCAACUCAAUGCUCUAAAGGAAGCUGCUGGUGUGUUGACUUCUUUGGUACAAAAAUUCCAAAAACAGAAGGAAAAGGAAACGCUACUGAAGAUUGUAAAAGUCUUAGAGAAACUUUAGAAUGUUUAGGGUUGACGUGUAGAAUGGGAUGCGAGUACGGUUUUGUCCUAGAUGAAGAAACCAGGUGUCCAUCAUGUCAAUGCAAAGACCCCUGUUCAGACAUUAAAUGUGGUCCAAGUGAGGAAUGUCAAUUGGUAGAAGUCAGUUGUACAGAUCACUAUUGCCCUCCAGUACCAGCAUGUUUGCCUAAAAAGAAUGGUCAAUGUCCUUAUCUAAUUCCUGCUACAUCAACAUCAUGCGAUUUCGAGUGUACUUCUGAUCUUUCUUGCGAUGGAACGCAAAGAUGUUGUUCCAAUGGUUGUGGAACUCAGUGCGUGGAACCUCUCUUAUUGACAGGUUGCCAACACGAGCGUCAUUUACUUCAACAUCAAGCUAACGAAGCAGGCAAACCUGCUGGUCAAGUUUAUAUUCCCACUUGUGCGGAUGAUGGAAAUUACGCUUCUAAACAAUGCGAUUACGGUAAACAACAAUGCUGGUGUGUGGACUUCCGUGGGUUCGAAGUCUCAAAAACUCGAAGAUCAAUAUCAGAACCUUUGGACUGCGACAAUUUGCCAGAAGAAGUCUAUACAUGUCCAAUGAGAAAGUGUGUACAAGACUGUGUUCAUGGAUACGAAAUGGAUGAAAAUGGUUGUAGAAGUUGUACAUGUAAAGAUCCAUGUUCGAAGAUUUCGUGUCGUGGAGAAGGAGAAAUCUGCAGAUUAGUUGAUGUAGAGUGUACUACUUGGCCCUGUCCUCCAAUGGCUAUGUGUCUGCCCAAAAAGGAAAAUCCAUGUCACAACGGAGAACCUUUGAAACUUGGAAAUUCCAAUGAACUAGCGACAUGUGGUCCAGAGUACGAAGGAUGUCCUUCAACGCACAAAUGCCAAUUGAGUCCUUUAGGCGAAUAUGCUGUCUGCUGUCCUAAACCACGAGAUGUCUGUUUUGAACCUAUGGAGACUGGUUCAUGUUCUGAUCCUGAAUCAUUUAGAAACCUGACAAGAUUCUAUUUCAACUCUCGCAAAAAUAAAUGUGAACCAUUUUCAUACAGCGGCUGUCGUGGAAACCACAACAAUUUCCAUUCGGAAGAAACGUGCAAUUUGGUUUGCCCAGGUAUUUUAAGUCAGUGUGAACGUUUGAAAGCCAAGAACCAGAAAUCUGCGGAACGUUACAAGAAGCCAACGUUUACUCCAAGAUGUGAUCAAGACACAGGAAGUUGGCAACCUGUACAGUGUUUAGAGCAUGUUGGAGUUUGUUGGUGUGUGACUCCACAUGGUGAACCUCUAAAGGGCACAUUGACAAGAGGAUCCGAGCCUGAAUGCAACUUUAGGCAAGCUAGAGGUCGUGGAAAGAACAAGGCGCAAGCAGAAGAAGUUGAAGUUGUUUUGGAGGAAUUAAUGAUGCAACUCGGUUCUAUAGAUUAUGACGAAGAAGAAGACGAUAUGAGAGUUCACAGUACAGAAUCUGCUAUUGUUCGUACGUCAUCUGAAGACGUUAUGGACUCUUCUUUAACAAGAUGUCAAGCUCUGAAAGCUCAGUGUGACGAAGACGGCAAAUUCCUACCAACUCAAUGUGAAAAAGGAGUUUGCUGGUGUGUGGAUGAAGCUGGAAGGCAACUUCAAGGAAGCGGAGUUUUCUACAAAGACGAACGUAAUUGUAAAUUCACGCCAGUAGAAGAAGUUGAAGUAAUCCUAGGGUUGAGAGGAAACCACGACGAAGUUAGUGCAAUUCCAAUUGUUAACAGAAUCCAGAAGAUAGUGGUGUCCCUUAACGGAACGAUAAAGGGUGAAGACGUUAGAGCAGAUCCUGAUUCUGAUGUUUUAUACAUCAAAUUCUCCCUUAUUGGAAACAAUAAAGUCGACGUUGCCUACAAACUAGAAGAACUGGUGAGGCAAAAGAAAUUGUCAGAACUAACAGCCGAUUUCACCCUCUCCAGUUUCAUUAACCAACUUGGCUAUGCUCCAGCACCCAUUGUGGAAGAAAGAAUAGUGGCUCUAGAAAAUAGGGAAAUCGUUUCCCAAUCACCGGUAUCAGUUACUGCACCUUACCACACAGCGCUAAUCGUGGUAGCUGCUGGAUCAGCAUUUGUAAUCUCUGUUCUAGUCGUACUGAUCAUCCUCUACAGAAGAAAGAUGGCGAGCUUAAAAAAUAAAGUAAUUAAAUCAGAGGAGGGUAACCAGAGAUUUUUAUCGCCCAAACCAUUUUAUGUUGAAUUACCCAACGAAAAGUCUCCAGCUCCAGUGAGGACGUCACCAACGUCCGAAACGACGUAAUUCUGAAUAAGUAUAUUCAUUUUAUUUAUCUAUUUAUUAGAAGUUUGAAAUCAUUAAAUUAGAUACCUACGCCAGUUACAGUGUAAUAGACGAAAUCAAAAUUCAGUAAGGUUUUUAAAUUAUUAGACAAAUUUUUAUUUUCCUUUUUCUAUGAACUUUUGAACUUCUACUUGAUAGAUUGUACUAUUAGCAUUUAAGAAUAAUAUUAAGUUAUUUAUAUAAAAUAAUAUGGAGUUUUUAAUGUACAGUUAUUUGCCAUUUCGUUGUAUUUAAAUUGCACGCUUGCAUACGUGCAAAGACGACAUUAAUGACUUUAAUCGUUUACCUGAAAUACCUUUAACGUUACGUAAAUAAAUAUACGUAUGUGUAUGUAUUGAAAUUAAAUAA